AUGGAUGAUGAUGACUCGUUUCUUGAGGGAAUCGAGGCUGUUGGCGACAUGGUAGAAGAGCAAGUGAUGGCUUCAGAAGUCAUCGAGAAACCGCUAGAAUCGCGCGGAUCGUCUCCAGAUAUCACAGAUGCGUUGGAUUACAGUGAGGAUCCAGAAGAAGAGGAAGAAGACGAUGGAGAAAUAGAAGAAGAAGAUGAAAAUGAUAAGGAAGAGAAAAAGGAAGAAAAAGAAGUUAAAAAAGAAGAAAAAGGCGAAGCCGAAGAAGAGAAAGAGGAAGGAGAGUUGGAAGAUGGCGAAUUAGAGGAUAGUGAUGAAGGAGAAGUCGAAAGCCCACCGAAAAGAGCUCUAAUCACCGCUCCAGAAGGUUCCAGACGACCAAUAGAGGUUGGUUUCGAGUUGAAUGAUAAUCGUCUAUCCCGGCCGAUGCAACGUGGCACCGUUCUUCCACCCAUCCGAAAUCAGCCGUUUCAAUAUCUGCCACGUCGUGAGGAGUCCCAUGAGACGUCGUUCGAAUCCACACUUCUGGAGGCCAAGAAGGUGAUGCAUGGGGAAAUUAUUGAUGACGAUGUGCUAUCUGGAGGACGUGAAGGUAUUCCAUCGCUUAUGGAGAUCCGGACCAACAAGCCAAAAGAUCUGGGACCCCAAUGCAUCUACCCGUCACGCAACAAUCAACAGCCAUACAACAACCCAAAUCGUUUCAAACGAGAUUCUGGAAACGCCUUCCAAAAAGACACUCCAAUGUUUCCGGCACGUGGCAGAACGACGUCCCAAUCGAAGCCUGCGCCUUUAAUGAAACGGAACUCAUCGAAAUCCCCGCCACCACGAGGGAUCAGUUGGUCACCGACGAGAUUCGAUGCACAGCAAAUAUCCAGUGAUGAGGAUGCUGAUGAUUUUAGGAAAAAGGCGACAAAGAUCAUCAGAAUGAAGAGGACACCGGAGAAGAAGAAGAAGAGACGACGUUCGGCGUCGUCGACAUCGUCAAGAAGUAGUGGAUCGUCCAGAUCUUCAGCCACAUUCCAAAACAUCUCCUCCGACGACUCGUCUGUUGCCAAUUCUUCAUCCCGACGUCAUCGAAGCCGUCGUCGUCGUUCCAGAUCCUCGUCCUCUGGAACCUCGAGAUCCAGGACCUAUUCAUCAGAACGAGAAGCGACAACAAUGACGUCCCGAAAGAAUCACAUGAAGCGGAAGUCGGCAGCCUCACCGCCACGACGAUCAUCGAGAUCUCGGUCCAGAUCCCCGCCACCGUAUCCACCAGGACACAGCAAAAAGACGUAUGAGAAGAAGAAGAGUAGAAAGGAGGAUCACUUGGUUACCGGGGACAUUCAUUCGUAUAAAAUUCCGAAGCGAGGCGGGGGCUCUAGUAGUAAAGAUGCUCCGAUGUUCAAAAAGAAUGGUGGAGCCAACACCACGGCCCAACCAUCGUUUCUGGCUCAAAGAGCAUCUUCUUCGGCGUCAAAAAGCUCGUCGAAUAAAAGAAGGCGUCGCUCGGAAACGCCUCCAGUCUCCUCCUCAUCGUCGAAACGAAGGAAGGAGGAAUCGAGAAAACGGAAAAAGAGAGAUGAGCGAGUGCAGGAUAUAUCGGAUAGUGAUGAUAAUUCGAGUGUGGAUUCUAGAAAGAAAUCUCGGAAGAGUCGAAAGAGGAGCAGAAGACGUUCAUCAUCGUCUAGCUCGAAAUCUAGUAGCAGAUCCAGGUCGAGAUCCAGUCAAUCGGAUAGUUCGGAUGGUUCCAACAAACUUCCCUCCCGCUACCGUACGCUCCCUGUUGAAGAGGAGAAGAUCAGUUCAGACAACGAGGAAGACCUAAAAAAGAAAUCAUCGAGAAAAUCAGAAUCCCCGCACUCUCGAUCCCUCUCCCCACGCUCUGGCUCCCCAGAAUCUCCUCUCCGUCAAGUGUCUGCCAGUCCUCCGCCACCCCAAAACGAUGCUCCACCAUCUCGAUCCUCAACAGAAUCUCCGUUGGAGUCUCCAGAAUCACCACAAGCUCCGCUCCCUCCACCACCGCCACCAGAAGAUGACGUGGAGAUGGCGAUUCCACCGCCACCGGUACUAUCAAAAGCUGAAACGCGGAAGCAGCUGAAACAACGAUUGGCAACGAUCAAUAAGACACUGGUGGAGACGUCGCCGCCAACAGAAGCCGAAGCUGUUCAAACUUAA